CGAGCCGGGGCUCCGAGGCGACCAGGGGGCCGGGGGGCGGCUCGGUGCCGUGGGGGUGCCCUCGGGACCGGCAGAGGGACGGGGCUGUGCCGGGUCCCCCCGAGCUCCGAACCCCUCCUGGUGCCCGCAGCCGAGACUAGCGGGGGGCUGUGCUGAACAGGAGCUGGGCUGGCCGUGUGCUCGGCUGCGGGGGGACCGCGGACCCUCUGAGCGGUGUUGGAGUGGGGCAGAGAUGCUUGAGGUGUCCGCGGGCUGCAGCAGGGGCUAUGAAUUGUCGUAGCUCUAGUUGUAUUUUUACUGAAGAAAACAUUAUGGCUAAAGGAAGAGAAGGUUUCCCACUCUUUUCAGUAAAGCAGUGCUAUGUUGGCAGGAGGUGAUCCACCACCAGCAACGUGCUCCCAGCCCAAAACACCGAGCUCAGGAGGGUCCUGAUGCAGAGGACAGCUCACCUGUGCUUUUAGCUGAUCACCAUGUCACCAUGGCUCCUGCAUCUCUCCAGUCACAAUCUCAAGUCAGCCAGUGCCAGGACUUCACCCGCUGCCUGCCCCUGCAGCUGUCCCUGUACAUCCUGGGGUUUUUGGAUGAAAAAUCCCUCAGUGCCUGCUCUGAUGUGAACAGUCACUGGGCUUUUCUGGCCGGGGCAGUCAAAGAGGAACGCGAGUGUCGAGCCACAGUACAGCAGGAUUUCCUGCAGCUGAAGGAGUUGUGCCCUAGAAAAACCAUCCCAAACUAUGCUAAAAGAGUCACUGUGCAAAUUCCACAGUUAAAUGAAAAGGGUGAUGUCACUGAAGAGAAAGGCAACAACCUGAAGAGACGCAAAUCAUCAAAGACAGAGGAAGUCAGUCUGCAGGCAGCCUAUCGUAACCUGAAAACAGACAACAUCCAGCUGGAAGAGAGAAAUGUCUUCUGUGGCUCCUACAAUACCCGUGUCCUCACGGCCCAGUCAGACAAAAGAAGAAUGAUCCAUUACAGCGGUGGCAGCUUGGUGGCCGUGGCCUCUGCCAACCAAAGAGUGAGGCUGCUCGGGGUGCCAGGAGGGAAGGAGGUGCCUGCUCUGCUCUAUGGCCACGCUGGGGGCACCAGAGCUCUCCACCUCAGUGAGGAGAAAGGGCUCCUGCUCACUGCAGACUUUGACCUCAGCAUCAGAUGCUGGAAUAUACACAGUGGUGCCUGUAUGAAAACCUUUAAUGGUCACUAUGGGACAAUCACCUGCUUGGAUUUACACAAAGAGCAGUUUGUGUCAGGAGCUGGAGAUGGGAUGGUGAAAGUGUGGAGCCUGAAGAGUGGGAAAUGUCUCAACACUCUGAUGCACAACAGUGCUGUCUGGGCAGUGAAAAUGGACGGGACCCACGUGGUCAGUGGGUGUGAGCAAGGGCUGGUGAAGGUCUGGUGUACUGAUACAGGUGCUCUGAUUAAGACAUUAGAGAAGCACCAAGGCCCAGUGAGCUGCUUGUCCUUUGAUCAGUGGCACCUCCUCACAGGAGGCAGCGAUGGAUUUGUCCUGGGAUGGAGCAUGUUGGGAAACCUCAGGAAACGCCUAAUGGCUUUCUUCCAUCCUAAGGCAGUUCUGUCUCUGGAGUUCCUCUACCUCAGAGUCAUCAGUGGCUGUGCUGAUGGAAAGAUCCGUGUCUUUAACUUCUUGACUGGGACCUGCCUGAACGUGUUGGUGGUCAGCAGCAGUGGGGACCCCGUGUCUUCUCUCCAUGUGGCAGAAAACAGGAUGGUGAUCAACUCCCCAGCCAGAGUGUUGAUGUUCCAGUUCCAGGAUGUCACGUGGGACUAUUCCUUACCUGCUGACAGGGAGGUGAAGGUGAAGGAGAAGGAGAAGCAGCCCAAGGGGAAGUCGAGCAGACCCCCAUCUCGGCAGCAGAAAACGAGGAGCCAGUCACCAAAAGGCCGUGGAACAUCUAAAUCUCCUCCCCGUGAACUGAAGAAAUCAGCAGCUUGCCAGCAGCCAGAUGGUGAACCUGAACACGGCCCUUCUCUCCCUGCACCUGCACAGCCUGACGAGGCAGAAGACACUUUGCAGCCUGUAAAGAGGAGAAGCCCAAGUCAUCCAAUGUCCCCUUCAAAGCUCCUCCUGACAAUCAGCACACUGCAGAACACCUCCAAGCCAGCCCUCGUCAGCUCCAGCACUGAGCACUCUGCCAAAGCCAGGGAAUCAUGGAAAUGUCCACGGGAACAUCAGCAACAAGGCCCUGAAAAGGUACCAAUGUCCAAAACCCCCCUGCAACACAAAAAGGAUCAGACAGAGCAGCUCCAACGAGCGAGACUGCACAGUGAUUCUCUGACUGUGAAAACAAUUUCUACACCCUUUGAAACCAAAAUGCUUCGGCUGAAGCUGAAAAAUUCCUUGCACGGCCCCGGUGUGAAAUCCUCCAUCCCUGCUCCCUGUGUUGUACGUCCCAAGGCUUUGCUGGGAGAAAACAAAGUUCCCGUGGGCCAUGGUAAAGCUGUUCCUCUCCCCAGAGACAGGGUUCAGUUCACUGAUCUCUGUACAGCUUCUUCUGAGCUGAUCAAACCAACGCCAGUGAGAAAUGAAGUUUCCAGGAGAACAAAGCCCUCUCGCCCGUAUAACCCAGACCCUUUCCGGAGGGACGGUGGGUUCAGGCUUCUGACAGCAAAGCAGGUGUAUGAGGCAGCUGCUGCAGCUCAGUGCCAGGCACAGCAGACAGAGCCCACAGAAGAUCAGCAAAGAGCAAGGCAGAAAGCCUGGUUAAGGAAAGUUAAAGGCCUACCUGUGGAUUCUUUUACUGGGGAGGGGAAAACACCUGUUCCUGAACUUGGGUGUAAUGUGUGGGUAUAAUCCCUUAGUCCAGCUAACAACCACUGCCUGAGGAUUUUGGUGUCCAGCUGAGUCUGCCAUGCCAAGACCCUUGUGCUUUCUAAAGGUAAAAGACAUCCCCAGUGUAAGUUUUCCUAAGAAAUAUUAUUGGUAUAUCCAGAUAUUUCUCAAGGCAGCAAAGGGACCGAGCUCUGUCCUGGAUUUAACUUGCUACACCUGCUGUUAUGACAGACGUGACACUGUUUGACACUAACACAGCUGUGUGCAAAUAACAAUAAAAAUAUCUUACUAGA